AUGCCAGCCUCUUUCAUUCUUGACAGUAGAGCAGCAACAGGGUUCUCCAACGCCGCUGCCUACGACCUUAACCGACCCUCCUACCCACCUGAAGCUGUUGACAAACUGCUCACCCACCUCGGGGUUGCAGCUGCCAGGCCAGAGGACUUUGAGAUCAUUGCUGUGGAGCCCCAUGGCGGGAUGAGAGACAUUCUUGUUGAGAAGGGACUUGGGGAAAGGGUGAAGGUUGAGGAUGGUAAUGCUGGGGACAUGCCCAUUAAAGAUGAUUGGGGAGAUGCAUGUGUUGCUGCACAGGCUUUUCAUUGGUUCGCUACUGAGAGUUCUUUGAAGGAAAUUCAUAGAAUUUUGAGACCUGGAGCUGCAUUUGGCAUGAUUUGGAAUAUUGACGAUUACAAUGCUCCCAAAGAUCAUGCGGCAACUACUCAAUGGGAGCAGAAGUUAAAGGACUUGGUUGAUACAACGAAUGAUGGCCAUGAUAGAUUCAGAGACAUGAAGUGGAAAGAGGUAUUUGAACAGCAGCAAGACACAAGCCCACUGCAGACAUUAAGGGACACCUUCACUCAUAACUUCCCAUCUUUCUCCCUUCCACUUGGAGAGGAAUCUGUCAAGUGGACCCACUGGCUCAGCGAUGAGAAUAUAUGGGCUCGAUUCAGCACCUUGUCGCAAAUUGCGAAUCUAUCAGAAGAGAAGAGGGAGUCUUUCCACCAAGAGGUUUUGAUUGCUUUGAAGGAGCAUGGAGAGAGGAACGAGAAGGGAGAGGUUGCAACGCAUGGCAUUACUUUCUUAGCUUGGACCUCUAGAAUCUGA